AUGACAGAAAAAAAGGAACCUAUUCGCGUCUUGAUUGCCGGCGCAGGCAUCGCAGGUCUGGCCACGGCUAUAUCGCUAACACGCGUAUCAACCGUUCCGAACUUGGAUAUCCAGCUAUAUGAACAGGCUCCAGAGCUCUUGGAAAUAGGAGCUAGUAUCGCACUCAGUCCAAAUGGCAUGCGCACACUGGAGAAACUCGGCGUACACAAUGCCCUAACAGACGAAGUUGGGUUCAGAGGCCCGAGUGGAAUCCCACAAAUAUUCCGCCACUGGAAAACGAACCAAGUCGUGUCUACAGACACUCACACUAACGUCCCCGAUCCCCGUCACCAUACUACCCGCUUCCACCGCGGCCAUGUGCACUCUGCUCUGCUCGAGCAUGUCCCCAAAGAGUCAAUCCACUUGGGAAAGAAAAUUGCGCGCGCAGAAGCCAAUCAGGAUGGAGUUUCGUUGUAUUUCGAGGACGGGAGUAGUGCCCACGGAGAUAUCCUCAUUGGGGCCGAUGGGAUUCGAUCGAGUGUCAGACAAUCAUUCAUCCCAGAUUAUAAACUACGGUUCAGUGGGAAGAUAUUCAUGAGGGCGACGUUUGAUGCCUCGUUGGUAGAGGGCAAGGUCCCUGAUUUGCCUGCUGAUUCGAUGCAUUGGUGGGGUCCUAAAGACAACUUCUUUGCGUCUCGUCUUGGCAAGGACCAGUACACCACCGUCGGUGCAUACGAUGACCCGCGUUCGGUAGAAGAGGUGGAGAAAAGCAUUGCGUGGGAUCAACUUGGCAAUGUGGAGUUCCUAAGAGAGCGAUACAAGGAAUGGAACCCCACGGUCAAAGCUCUGACCGAGCUUACACCAUCUACAAAUCUCUAUCCCAAUUUCGCAGGAGAUGCUCUCCCGUCUUGGGUCUUUGGGUCGCGAGUGACUCUAGUCGGAGACGCAGCCCAUGCUCAUGGCGGUUCCUUCGCAGCCGGAGGCUCGCUGGCGUUAGAUGACUCCCUCGCCCUUGGCCUUGCAUUCAAGGAAGUGUUCUCUUCAAGAAAGGCCACGUUAUCAGCUGGAAAUAUCAACAAGGCAUUGCGGCUGUACACUCAAACCAGGCAGCCGCAUACAGCUCGGUUGCUGGGCAUUGUGCAUAGCCAGAUCGACAAGAAAAGUACUAUUUUUGCGACACCCGAAGAAGAGGAUGCUGCGCUUGUUGCUCGGAUGACUAGCAGGCCAAAUACGGAGUGGCUCUCGGAACACGAUGUUGAAGCUGCAUUCAACGCUGUCGUUGAGCAGGAACGGGCGCAGCGACAGAGACAGAUCCAGAGUCCUUUGUCUUUCCAGUUCAAACAAUUCUGA